UCAAUGAACACACUCGUCACUCGACGAGUUUCAUGUCUUUACGACGGAUACUUAAAUGUGUGUUAGGUAUUAUUGUUGCACUCUAAGCAGUCAUUGUAGCAGCUAGAUGAGCGAGAACCAAAAGGGUCUGUGCCAUAAACCGUUAUUUCUGUACGGCGUUGCUAAUGUGUCGUUACUGUUGUUAUUUCUCCCUCUGCUCGCCCUGUAAAUGCCCUACGUCGCUGGAUAGCGAAGGUGUUUUCUGCAUCUCGCUCCUUUUUCUUGUAUGUUCUCCGUUUGUUGCCUUCCUCGCAUUCAAACCAAUUCGAGCCGACGUCCGCUACAUGUCCAAAAUGGUGGUCGCGUUUACAAAGGUCACGUGACUGAAAAGGGUCUAUACUGGUCAACCAGUGUUUAACAUCAUUAAGAAUUAUUCCAACUCAGUUCAAAACAUUAUUUUCAGGUCUUACCCCAUGGAUGAAAACAGGUUUUAUCUGCGUUUGGAUCAGACAACGCACGAGGUAGCAACCGUAAACAUGGCCACAAAACAGGAAGUUACGACCAGACGUAACCUAUGACGUUGAUCACUUGGGGCGCACAAGAUGCACUAAUUGGCUAUUUGGGAAGCUCGUUCUACAUAGCCUUCUGCAGCAACUCCUUUUUUUUAUUUCUCCUUUUCUCCAUUUUAAACACUUUUCAAUAGUUUUUAGUGCAUAUAAUCAAUUUCAAUGAAUUAUUUAUAAAGCAUCUAUUUAUUUCAAAAUAAAAUGAGUUGCUUCUAGAAUUUUAAUGACUGAUCAAUUACUUUCAAUGAAUUGUUUUUUUUUCACAAAUAAAAUGGAUUAUUUUAAGAGGAUAGUCUUAAAAUUAUGACGCUUUACAGCCUGGGCUACACACAGUCGUUGGUUUGUCUGAUUGUCUGGGCUGCAGUGGACUGGUCACUGACCCCGUGCUGCAAACACCAGUCUAAGAGAACACAUUAUCAACCGAUCUGCUCAUCAGAAAUAGAAGAAAUAUUUACACUUACCCGAGCUGAUCUUUGCUGGAUCGAGUCGAAGUUAAAAAAAAGGCACCGUUCAUCAUCAGUGUCCCAGUUCUCAAGAUUGAACCGAAUCGCUGUCCUGAAAUUGAAUCACUGUCCUGAAAUUGAAUCGCUGUCCUGAAAUUGAAUCGCUGUCCUGAAAUUGAAUCGCUGUCCUGAAAUUGAAUCGCUGUCCUGAAUCAUCCGAAGCACAUAAAAUCCACGUGUCACAUCGCAACAAGUUUUCCCUCCAAAUAGCCCAAACUAUGUCUGACAGAGUUUAUCCUGUAAACGGGGGGCUUUCCCACCGUGAAGGAGAAACCAACUGCAACCAAAAGAAUGAAAGUGUUUGUCAUGCUGUUACCAUGCCUGUGUCCAAAAUCACUCACUCAUUCGCUACUCCCUACUCACUACAGAGGGAAUUACUGCAUAGAGGACUGUAUAGUGAGCUCAUUGGUAAAAUGCAAAAACGCUUUCGGACACUAGUCCAUCGCGCUGGUAUUUACAUCAUUACUCUCGCACAAUUAAAAUGUGUCAGAUCAGUCGGCUGGUGGGUUUUCAAAAUAAAAAAUACAUGCAUGUACUUUUGUGAUACAUCCAGAUUAAACUGAGCAUAUUUCCCACGUUAAUCAAUACAGAGUACUUUGUGUCUGCUGCAUCUUUCAGUUCUUUGAAAUCAAGGCUGAAUACUUUCUUCUUCACUGUUGCCUUUUAUUAAAUCAAAUUUAAGACUGUGGCGGUGGGGGCGUGGUCAAGCGUCGGUCUGUGACCGGAGGGCGGAGUCAGGGAAGGUAAGUGGCAGAAUCACUACACCUGAUGUGAAUUAACCUGUGUUUGUGUGUCUUCCCAGCAGCCGCGCCCUAUUUAAGGAAGAGAGCGAGAGCAGAGCGGGCUCUCUCCCGACCAGAACACAUGUGUGUGGGGUGUGUAUAUAUGAAUAAAUGUAGAGAAGCUGAAAAGCUGACAAUAAAGGAGUCAUUGAGAACUCAGUACUGUCCUGCCAUGCUUCUGUGCUUCACCCACCUAGAAAGCUUGCUACAGUGGUGCUGAGACCCGGGAUUGGAACACCGAAGCAGAACAGCCCCAUGGAGUCCUCCCCUUUCACCGAGCUGGUCCACGCCCUCGCCACGGCCCAGCAAAGCCAGCACCAGGUACUAGUCACCCUCCGGAAGGAACAGGAACAGCAGUUCGAGGGCCUGGUGCUGGCUCAGUAGGAAGAAUGACAGGCAUUCCGCCACCUCCUUGCAUCGGCAGGGUCCACCGCCGCGGGGCCGUCCCCCUUCACCCUGACAAAGAUGGGCCCGCAGGACGACCCCGAGGCCUUCCUCACAUUCUUUGAGCAGGUGGCAGAGACCUCGGGGUGUCCGAUGAAACAGCGCGCGGCGCGCCUCCUCCCCCUGCUAACGGGAGAGGAGCAGCUGGCUGUGCUACAGCUCCCCGCCAACCGCCGGCUGGCCUACGUGUACCUUCACAGGGCCAUCCUCCAGCGUGUGGGGCACACCCCCGAGCAACAACGGCAGCGCUUCCGCGCUUUGCGCUUGGAGGAAGUUGGUCGGCCGUUCACGUUUGGCCAGCAAGUCCGGGAUGCCUGCGGGCGGUGGUUGAGGGCCGACAACCGCGACACCGAGGUGAUCAUCGACCAGGUGGCGCUGGAGCAGUUCAUCGUGCGUCUACCAGCCGGAGGUGCAGAGUGGGUCCAGUGCCACCGACCGGCGUCGCUGGAUCAGGCAUUCGAGCUGGCGGAGGACCAUUUGGCGGCUGUCCCGAUGACGGACGUGUCGGACAGAGGGCUGGGGGCUGUUUUGUCCCAGGAGGUGGAGGGAGAGGAUCGCCCAGUGCUGUAUAUAAGUCAGAAGCUGUCAGUGCAUGAGGGGCGCUACCGCACCAUAGAGAAGGAGUGCCUGGCCAUCAAGUGGACAGUCCUCGCCCUCCGUUACUACCUGCUGGGACGCCCUUUCACCCUCUGUUCGGACCACGCGCCCCUCCAGUGGCUCCACCGCAUGAAGGAUGCCAACGCGCGGAUCACCCGUUGGUAUCUGGCACUCCAACCCUUUAACUUCAAGGUGGUCCACAGGCCGGGGGCGCAGAUGGUCAUGGCGGACUUCCUCUCCCGUCGGGGGGGGGGGUUUGGGAGUCGGCUGUGGUCUGGACGGCUGCCCGGCCUGAGUUGGGCGAUGGGGGUAUGUGGCAGUGGAGGUGUGGUCAAGCGUCGGUCUGUGACCGGAGGGUGGAGUCAGGGAAGGUAAGUGGCAGAAUCACUACACCUGAUGUGAAUUAACCUGUGUUUGUGUGUCUUCCCAGCAGCCGCACCCUAUUUAAGGAAGAGAGCGAGAGCAGAGCGGGCUCUCUCCUGACCAGAACACAUGUCUGUGUGGCGUGUGUGUUUAAUAAAGGAGUCAUUGAGAACUCAGUACUGUCCUGCCGUGCGUCUGUGCUCCACCCACCUAGAAUGCUUGCUACAGAGACUUUUAAUUUGAUUUCUUUCAGCGCGACCGCAAUGCAUAUUGCUUUGGUUAGUGAUCCUCCUCCUCCUUGAGUGUAUCUAACCCAAUUCAACAGCCAGCCUAACUCCAUUCAAGAAAAUGCAAAGUCAGGAAGUAGCCUCCAAACUCCAGUUUUAAUGAACAAUGAGUAAAACUGAAAAUCAUACAAAACGUGUAUAAGUAUUCAGUGUUAAGUUUUAAGAAAAUACAAUAAAACAGCAUAAAUGUCCUUUUAAAUCUUCUCUUUGUCUUGGCAAUGUAGUUGAGUUCACACAGCAGCAUGGUGAAUGGUUUUACAAAUUAUUAGGGAGUAAGGAGAAAAUAUGGAGAUAUAUCAUCAAAAUCAUAAUCUACUAAAGGUAUUUAAUUUGUAUACUUACAGACGAUGUGUUCUAAGGGCUUAAACAUAAAAGAUGACGACAGAUGAUGAAUCAGAGCAAAACGUGUGCUUUUCAUAUCAGCAGGAAAGAUUUUAUCAAGAUGGCUGAUCUAGUUACCAUGGUUACCAUAAGCAAAACCAGAUAGAAGCUGUAUAACAAAAAGGGACACUAGGUGGCACUAAAUUACCUAACCUGCCCUAAACUAUAGCUGAAACUGCCAGGGGCAGAACACUCCCCGCCUGGUGUCUGUAAGAUGCCACAUCAACAUGAAUCUAAAGAAAAAGGAUAUGUUUAUUCUUCUUUCCCCAUCAGUAAGACGAUUUCUGACACAGAUCGGAGAAACCUUUUGAUUGUUCCUUCUUUUGUUACUUUUAACUCUACUUUACAGACUUUGCCAUCCUGACCAAGAAAAACAGCUGUGAUGAUUGCCAUGGGCCAAGUGUUUCACGCGGCUUGGGCAUCUCGUAGCAGGGCCAGAUCAUCCACUUGAAUGUUACGUUGUUCAUCUUGCCACUUUCGAUGAGGUUGCAGUGUUUGGAGGUACUCUCCUCUCCAUCUGUUCCAGAAUCUGUUGGCCAUAUUCUGUACUUGCAUCUUUUGUCGUUUGUAGAGGUCUUUCUCGGCAAAGUCCCCAGGUGGUGCCAGUAAGGCACUCUUUUGAGUGAGUAACAUAGAAGGGGUCAGGAGGAAUGGUAAAUCUGGAUCAGCCAUCAAGGUGCAUAGGACUUCAUGUGAUAGAGCUGUCUUUGUCUGCAUCAGCAUGGAAUCCAAGAUUUUACGCGCCACUCCUAUCAUGCGCUCCCAAAUCCCUCCCAUGUGGGAGGCAUGGGGGGGAUUGAAGUGCCAUGUACAGCCUUCUUGGCUGAUGUAGCUUAGUUUCCUUCAUCAAUUUGUUGAUCCUAGCUCCUUGUUAGCACCGAUGAAAUUAGUGCCACAGUCAGAGUGAAGUGUCUUUGCUGGCCCCCGAAUGGCAAAAAAACUCCUAAUAGCAUUCAUGCAGCUUGAGCUGUCCAUAGAUUCAAUCACUUUGAUAUGAACAGCGUGGGUGCCCAUGCAGGUGAACAACAUUGCCCAGCAUUUGCUCUGGGCCUGUCCCUCUCUGGUUCGACAGGCAGUCACAUUCCAAGGGCCGAAAAUGUCCAGUCCAACAUGACUGAAUGGUGGUGCAACACAGAGACGUUCUUUAGGCAGACCUGCCAUCUUCUGCUUUUCUGCACUGCCACAAAGCUUUCUGCAGGUGAUACACUUAUGCAGUACCUUGCUUAUGCAUAUCUUCCCACCUACUAGCCAUAGUCCUGCUGCACGUAUGGCUCCUUCGGUAAAGAGACGCCCUUGGUGACUGACUCUCUCAUGAUGAUGGUGAAUCAGAAGCAAGGAGAUGUGAUGGCCACCAGGUAAGAUAAGUGGACGUUUCUCAUCAUCACUCACCUCCACAUUAGCUAGUCUGCCACCAACUCUA